CCAUGCAGUUGACUUGUGAGGAACCGUAUUCGACAUCUACGUGGUCGCCUUCAAGCGAAAUAUUAGGUUUCAUGGAAUUGGGCAAGGGAGAGGGAGAUGGAGAUGGAGUGCAAAGCUACGACAAGUCUUCUUGUAACAGCAGGCGAGAGUGCAAAGAGAGAGAAUAAAAUGCACUCUUGGCACAAGAAUCCUUGAUUCAUGCCAAUCAUGGACAUUCAUGGGGGGAGGGAUAGAUGUGUGUAUGGGUUGAAAGUUGCAAUUGCACUUUGGGAAGGCAUUAAAUUGUGAAUAUCUGAAGGCCAAAUUAUUGCCGGAGCCGACCGGCCACAUGCAAUGGAACGCUAUGCAAUAAUGUGUCGUGUGGAAACAUCCUAACGGAACACACAGAAGUAGAAGUUGACGUGCAUAUAUGACGUCAAUCGAUGGAAAUGUUGGGAGUCUUUGAGAUCAAGAUUUGACCUCCUGGGGCUGACAGAUAGAGCAGAGGGGAGGAGAUAGAGAUAGUGACGAAGAUGAUGCUGGCGGAUGCUGCUGCUGCUGCAGCUGUUGUUGUUGUUGUUGUUGUCUUGAGCAGGAGGAGCAGAGGGGAGGAGGAGACGCAACAGCAACAGGAGAAAUAGUAUUCACCGUCGAAAACAUUUCACAAUCGGUGAAUCUGCUAUUGUUGGGUUGGUAUAUGUCAGGGGAACGGGACCCACAGUUGACUGUUGGAGGAAGGUGCUUGCCAGGUAUAGGACAGACAAAGUCCGAGACAUGGACAGUCGAUGCAACAGAAGUUUGAAUGUGGAGGGCAGAGGAAAGGUGAGACAGUAUGGCUGGAAGGCGGAAGGACAGAAGAGAAAGUUGCAGGACGUCUGGAGGAUGUUGACAGGUCUGAUGUUGUUGUUGAUGUUGUUGUUGUGGGCUUGAAGGAAGAAUCCGAGGGAGAAUCGGCUGAGAGAAGUAGUUUUGCUCGAGAGAUUGUCGUAGACUGUCACCAUCGAGGAUGACAUUCGAGGUUUUCAGAAACAUCUGCAAGUGUUUCGCACAGCCUGCAGUGUCCAGCAGCUUCACUACUACAGUCCGAGGGUUGAUGAGCAGCAGAAGAAGGAGAGCUAGCGAUUGUCACUAAAUCCGAUUUCAGCACUCGGUUGGCGAGCUGCGGCUGAUCGGUGCACGGGCCGAUCAUGGCAGCUGCUUUGAAGCGACCCGAAUCUCCUGCCUCGGACAUUUUUUCGACAGUGGUGUUCAAAUCCGAGGAUGACACUCCCUACGCCACUGUGGUGCACAAGAGCGAUGAUACUUACGAUACGGUGGUGCAUAGGGUUGGUGGCGGGGGUACUGCAAAUGCCAGUUUCAAUGGAGAAGCAGGGGGCAGUGGGACGGUCAAGAUGGCGGCUAUUGCAAAACCGCAGAUAGCGACAGGUGCAGCCAAAUAUGAGCCCAGAGAACGAACUCGAACACGGAGCAUGAGAAGCCCGGUUCAUGAGAAAGUGAUGCAGGAAGAUCCUUCAGUGAAAUAUGAUCUUUUGAAUGAGCUAGGUAAAGGAUCCUAUGGUGCCGUAUAUAAGGCAAGGGACCUGAGGACGUCGGAAUUGGUGGCUAUCAAAGUCAUAUCUUUAUGUGAAGGGGAAGAGGGAUACGAGGAGAUUCGUGGAGAGAUUGAAAUGCUACAGCAGUGUAAUCAUCCAAAUGUAGUUCGGUAUCUUGGCAGCUAUCAAGGAGAAGACUACCUCUGGAUUGUAAUGGAGUAUUGUGGGGGUGGCAGCGUGGCCGACCUGAUGAGCAUAACUGACGAAGCUCUUGAAGAGCAUCAAAUUGCUUAUAUAUGCAAGGAGUCUUUGAAGGGUUUAGAAUAUCUUCAUUCAAUUUUUAAAGUUCAUAGGGACAUCAAGGGGGGCAACAUUCUGCUCACGGAACAAGGAGAAGUGAAACUUGGCGAUUUUGGUGUAGCAGCACAACUGACAAGGACCAUGUCAAAACGGAAUACUUUUAUCGGAACGCCUCAUUGGAUGGCACCUGAAGUUAUCCAAGAAAGUCGUUACGACGGCAAGGUGGAUGUAUGGGCACUGGGAGUAUCUGCAAUAGAAAUGGCCGAGGGACUUCCGCCGCGGUCAAAUGUUCAUCCCAUGAGGGUACUUUUCAUGAUAUCUAGAGAACCCGCACCUAUGUUGGAGGAUAAAGAAAAGUGGUCACUAGUGUUUCACGACUUUGUCGCGAAAUGUCUCACCAAAGAGCCGAGGCUGCGGCCUACAGCGACCGCGAUGCUCCAACACAAGUUUAUAGAUAAGUGCAAGGGUACAGCAAUGUCAAUGCUGCCAAGAAUUGAAAGAGCACGAGCUAUCAAAGUGGAGAUGGUGGCUCAACAACUAGCCUACAACCAGGAACAAGGAACUGCAUCUUCGGGCGGAGGGCAAUGGUCUUGGGAGAAAGGACAAACAGUUAAAAUGAAUGAGUCCUUUGGUGGGACAAUGCUCAUCAGGCAUGAUGCGGAUACUCUCCAAAAGGGUGCAUCGCUCGAUUCUGAACAAGAAGAUGGCGACUUUGGAACUAUAGUAGUACAUGGAACUAGUAAAAAGCACGAUUCCGCCUCUGGUACACCAGUCACUGCAGAGGAUGGACAAGAACCAAACAGUGAGAAUGGCAGUCCUCUUCUGUCACCAGUUCAGACUCCUGAUAUAAGUUCUGAAGUCGGGUCUACAGUAAGAGGGAGGAAUUUGAAUGUGCCUCCAAUCGUGCCACCAUCCCCCCGUUCACCUUCUACGUCUCCAGUCUCUUCUCCAAAACAACCAGCCAUUGAUGGGAUUCUAGGAUCCACACUAAGACGAAUUGCAGGGGAUGGACUAGCAACUGCUACAGGAACACCAAAGGGAACCCCAACCGUCAAUAGACAGGGCUUUGCUUUGCAAGAUAAGUUGUUGUCUGUCUAUGCUGCAGGAAACACAGUCCCCAUACCAUUCUUGAAGGCUACCGAUAUCUCACCAAUCGCAUUGAUUUCUGAUAAUAUAUCUGGUAGUGGCCAACCUGAUCAUAGUGGGGUCGUUGCGUUAGAAGCUAUCCAAGAACUUUAUAAUGGUGGUGGUUUAGGAGAUGGUCAACAACGAAGGGGGCGGAAGCCACUUGGCAAUGAGAUGCCGCUUCCUCCAAGUGUUUAUCAACGGCUGGCGACAAGCACAACACUGCCCAAUUUGGCUCGUGCCUUAGCAUAUCAUAAAUUAUGUUAUGAAGAAGUACCAUUGCAAGGAUGGCAGGUGGCACAAGAACAACAAACCAUACACAAUCUAUCUGAUACACUACGAACUAUUCUUCGAUUGUAACAUAGAUUCAGUGCACUGCUUGUUCACAUCCAAAAAAUUCUACUGCAGAUUUUUGAGGCAUCAGAUCCAUUUGGCCGAUGUCAAGGGACGAGCUGUAAGUGAAUGCUUCAGCCCUUUGGAUGUGGUUCAAAUGUAUAUUGGACAAAAGCCAUGUACAAAAAUUGAGAUCGCUUUUGUCAAUGAGUCCAUUUUUCGAGAUAUUAUAGGUAACUUUCAUAUAUUCCAUGGUCACUUUGGGUACCUGUAUUUACUCCCGCCUCAUAAUUGGUUUCUUCUAUUCCCAACCCAUAGGUUUCAAUUUAUCAGAAUCCCCAGCUAAUCUGGUGUGGUUUGUUGAAAGUUUUGAAAGUAUCAAUAAAGGAGAGGUUACACUUGAAGUGAAUUGGA